GCGGGGGCUGCCGCGGUGGGAAGUCGCUUCUGGUCCUGCGCCCUCGCCGGGGCGGGUUGGCGCGGCGGGCGGCAUGGAAGCGGUGCCACGCGAGGAGAAGCCCAACCCGCUGCGGGAUGCCAACCUCUGCUCCCGGCUCUUCUUCUGGUGGUUGAAUCCCAUAUUUAUCAUUGGCCAUAAACGGAAGCUUGAAGAAGAUGAUAUGUAUAAAGUGCUGCCAGAAGAUUCCUCAGAGAAGCUUGGAGAAGAAUUACAGUGGUACUGGGAUAAGGAGGUGCAAAAAGCAAAGAAGAGAGGAAAAAUGCCACAUUUGACAAAAGCCAUUAUUCUUUGUUACUGGAAAUCCUAUUUAGUUUUUGGAAUUUUCACAAUGAUUGAGGAAACCCUCAAAACAAUUCAGCCAAUAUUUUUGGGAAAAAUUAUUAAUUAUUUUGAAAACUGUGAUCUCUCAGAUGAGGUAGCUUUGAAUUUUGCAUAUUGCUACGCAGCUGCUCUGUCUGUGUGCACACUUAUUCUAGCUAUAAUGCACCACUUAUACUUCUACCAUGUACAGCGGGCUGGCAUGAAGCUGAGGGUAGCUAUGUGUCAUAUGAUUUAUCGGAAGGCACUUCGUCUCAGUAGUGUAGCUAUGGCAAAAACUACCACUGGUCAAAUAGUAAAUCUUCUGUCAAAUGAUGUGAACAAGUUUGACCAGGUAACAAUUUUCUUGCACUUCUUGUGGGCUGGACCAAUUCAAGCUGUAGCAGUAACAGUACUUCUCUGGAUGGAGAUAGGCCCAUCAUGUCUUGCAGGAAUGGCAGUUCUAAUUAUUCUUCUUCCUGUCCAGACAUGCAUUGGGAGGCUUUUUUCUUCCCUAAGAAGCAAGACAGCUGCCUUAACAGAUGUCAGAAUUAGGACCAUGAAUGAAGUCAUAAGUGGCAUGAAGAUAAUAAAGAUGUAUGCUUGGGAAAAAUCGUUUGCCGAAGUUGUGAAUGGUUUAAGAAGGAAGGAGAUUGCCAUGAUUAUGAAAAGCUCCUACCUUCGAGGACUGAACUUAGCCUCCUUCUUUGUGGCAAGCAAAAUCACAGUGUUCAUGACUUUCAUGGCAUAUGUACUACUUGGCAAUGUUAUCUCUGCAAAUCGGGUGUUUGUUGCGGUGUCCCUGUAUGGCGCAGUAAGACUGACAGUAACGCUGUUCUUCCCUGCGGCUGUUGAGAGAGUGUCUGAGGCAGUGGUUAGCAUACGGCGAAUCAAGAACUUUCUGAUACUUGAUGAGGUCUCACACUUCAAACCACAACUGCAUGGUAAUAAUGAGAAUGCCAUCCUUCAUGUUCAGGAUUUGACUUGCUAUUGGGAUAAGAACUUAGAAAGCCCAGCACUUCAACAAAUUUCUUUUACUGUCAGACGAGGGGAAUUACUGGCUGUGAUUGGUCCUGUAGGAGCUGGAAAAUCUUCACUCUUAAGUGCUGUGCUUGGUGAGCUGCCUAAAGACAAAGGUUUGAUAAAUGUUACUGGAAGAAUUGCAUAUGUUUCUCAGCAGCCUUGGGUGUUUUCUGGUACAGUAAGAAGUAAUAUACUGUUUGACAAGGAAUAUGAGAAAGAAAAAUACGAAAAGGUUUUAAAAGUCUGUGCUCUUAAAAAGGACUUGGAAUUAUUAGCAAAUGGGGACUUAACAGUAAUAGGAGAUCGUGGAGCUACACUGAGUGGGGGACAGAAAGCCCGUGUAAAUCUGGCCAGAGCUGUGUAUCAGGAUGCAGACAUCUAUCUUUUGGAUGAUCCACUAAGUGCAGUCGAUGCUGAAGUUGGAAGACAUUUGUUUGAAAAAUGUAUUUGUCAAGCCUUACAUCAAAAGAUCUCUGUGUUAGUCACUCACCAGUUACAAUACCUCCGUGCUGCAAAUCAGAUUCUAAUUCUAAAAGAUGGUAAAAUGGUGGGGAAAGGUACCUAUUCAGAGUUCCUGAGAUCUGGCAUCGACUUUGCUUCCCUUUUGAAAAAAGAUGAAGAGGUAGAACAGCCAUCGGUUCCAGGAACCCCCAACCUGAAGUCUGCCCGGAGCCGAACCUUCUCGGAGUCCUCUGUCUGGUCCCAGGAUUCUUCUGUCCACUCACAGAAAGAUGGGGCAGUGGAACAACAACCUGCUGAAAAUGCACUUGCUGCAGUGCCAGAGGAGAGUCGCUCUGAGGGAAAAAUAACCUUUAAGAUAUACAGAAAAUAUUUUACUGCAGGAGCAAACUACUUUGUGAUCUUUAUACUCAUAGUAUUCAAUAUUUUGGCACAGGUGACAUACGUGCUUCAGGACUGGUGGCUUUCUUACUGGGCAUAUCAUCAAGAAAAGUUGAAUGUCACAACAAAUGGAAAUAAUGGAGCAAAUGAGACUGAAUAUCUAGACCUUAACUUUUAUUUGGGAAUUUAUGCAGGUUUAACAGUGGCUACAAUACUGUUUGGCAUAAUAAGAAGUCUUCUGGUCUUUCAAGUUCUUGUUAAUUCUGGUCAGACCUUGCAUAACAAAAUGUUUCAAUCCAUUUUGAGAGCUCCUGUCUUGUUCUUUGACAGAAAUCCUAUAGGAAGAAUCUUAAAUCGUUUCUCCAAAGAUAUUGGCCACCUGGAUGACUUGCUUCCAUUGACAUUUUUGGACUUCGUGCAGACUCUCCUACAGAUUUUUGGUGUGGUGGCUGUGGCUGUGGCAGUGAUUCCUUGGAUACUCAUCCCCUUAAUUCCACUAUUUAUUCUUUUCAUUUUUCUUCGGCGAUAUUUCUUAGACACUUCAAGAGAUAUUAAACGUCUAGAAUCCACAACUAGAAGUCCAGUGUUCUCCCACUUGUCGUCAUCCCUCCAGGGACUUUGGACUAUUCGGGCUUUGAAAGCAGAGGAAAGAUUUCAAAAACUAUUUGAUGCACACCAAGACCUCCACUCAGAGGCCUGGUUUCUAUUUUUGACAACCUCGAGGUGGUUUGCUGUACGUCUGGAUGCCAUCUGUGCCAUUUUUGUAAUAGUGGUUGCUUUUGGUUCCCUGAUUCUCGCCAAAACUUUGAAUGCGGGGCAGGUUGGUUUGGCGCUAUCCUAUGCAAUCACCCUCAUGGGAACAUUCCAGUGGGGUGUUAGACAAAGUGCUGAAGUUGAAAACCUGAUGAUAUCAGCAGAAAGAGUUAUGGAAUACACAGAACUUGAAAAAGAAGCUCCUUGGGAGACCAACAAGCAUCCACCACCUGAAUGGCCAAGCCAAGGAAUGAUAGCAUUUGAAAAUGUUAACUUCACUUACAGUCUGGAUGGACCUUUGGUGUUAAGACAUUUGUCUGUUUUAAUUAAACCAAAAGAAAAGGUUGGAAUAGUGGGAAGAACUGGAGCUGGGAAAAGCUCCCUGAUAGCAGCCCUCUUUCGCUUAGCGGAACCUGAAGGAAGGAUUUGGAUUGAUAAGUACUUGACAUCAGAGCUAGGACUCCAUGACUUGCGGAAGAAAAUCUCAAUUAUACCUCAGGAGCCUGUUUUAUUCACCGGAACGAUGAGGAAAAACUUGGAUCCUUUCAACGAAUACACCGAUGAAGAGCUGUGGAGUGCCUUGGAAGAGGUGCAACUGAAAGAGGCCGUGGAAGAUCUACCUAAUAAAAUGGAGACGCAGCUGGCAGAAUCUGGGUCUAAUUUUAGUGUUGGUCAGAGACAGCUGGUGUGUCUUGCCAGAGCGGUUCUAAAAAAAAACCGGAUCCUUAUCAUCGAUGAAGCAACAGCAAAUGUGGACCCAAGAACAGAUGAGUUCAUUCAGAAGACGAUCCGUGAAAAGUUUGCUCACUGCACAGUGCUGACCAUUGCACACCGCUUGAACACCAUUAUUGACAGUGACCGAAUUAUGGUUUUAGAUGCAGGAAGACUGAAAGAAUAUGGUGAACCUUACAUUUUGCUGCAAGAACAAGAUGGUUUGUUUUACAAAAUGGUGCAACAAGUGGGCAAGACUGAAGCAGCUUCUCUGAUUGAAACAGCAAAACGGGUUUACUUCAGUAAGAAUUACCCUGAAGUUGUUCAGAAUGGUCAGCUUGGCACUGACUCCUCCUUGGAUCCUUCCUCAGGAUUAUGCAUAACCGAAACUGCACUGUGAUUCCCAAUAUCUGAAACUGUUUUCCAUAGAAUGUAAACCUGAGACCACCUAAACUCAGUGUCAGUGGGAGAGGAAAAGGAAGGGGGCGAUUCUUUGCACUGGACAUCCUUCCUAUUUAAUACUGAGAAGAACAUUUUUACUUUCCCUCUUUAAUUUCAGUGCAAUAUGUUUUCCUUUCCAACUAAUUCUGUUUGUAUUGCAAAGGAAAUUAGGCAGACUUGGUUUUUAUUUGAAAGUUACGUGGUAGAGAUCUCUUUUAUUUAAACAGGUGCAGGACACCUGACAGGUCUAGGGUGUGUAUUUGGAGCUUAUUAUAAAAUAGGAAUGUGUCCUUUUUCUCUUUCAGUAAUAUUUGGAGAGCAAGCAAAACGCAGUUUUUUUCAGUGUCACUUUAGCAUGACAGCUAUGUCUAAACAGCAGAUUUGGUAGCCUGCAGCUUAGUUGUCUAGUGCAGCUGUCUUUCUACCUGUCAUAAGUAGCUAUGCAGGUUGGUAGGAAAAAAGGAUUGAACAAGCCAAAAAUAUUUUUCCUUUUGAUAGCAAAAAUUACUUUAUACUUAUUUUUUGAUAAAUGAUUCAAAUAAUGCUGUUCGAGAUGAAUGUAAAUAUUAAGUUCUAUUUUGCUAAAAUCCAUAUGUUGAAAAAUCAAAUCCCAAUCUUCUGUACUUUAGAAGAAAAUCACCACGUUUGCACUGAAACGAUAUUUAAAUAAUUUAACAUACAUUCCUCUUUUUAUCCAGGUUAUCAAAGAAAAAAAGGUAUUAAAAUAACUUGAGGAAAUGUUUGAAUGACAUGUCAUUAUACCUAAAUACCGUGUAGUACAAAGUUAUCUUCAACACAACACAUUGAAAUGUAUACAUUAUUUGCAUUUAUUGUGCCUUAAUAUUUGUGCCUUCAAGCCAAAGCUGUAACUGCAGGGUACACAACAAAUUCAUUAACUCUAUGGUAAAAAUAUGUAACCUUAGUAUAUUUAAAGUUUUGCAUCAGGGGUUCUGUUGAACUUGAGCUGUUUGAAGUUGCCAUCCUACCAGAAGAGGUAGGAAAGUGCAACCUGUAGUUUUGAAUGGCUGUUGCUGAUAGCGAGAGGAAUGCAGUGGGAGAGGGAGGUUUGGUAUUCAUAAGUUACAUCCUGAUUCAGCAAACAAAGGCACUGUUCCCAUGUUUAAAGAGAAAAACAGGAACUGCUGUGCUGCUUCAGAUUUUUUUCAUGUUUAGUGAAAUCAUAGAAUCACAGAAUAGGGUUGGGAAGGACCUUAAGAUCAUCCAGUUCCAACCCCCCUGCCAUGGGCAGGGACAUCUCACACUAAACCAUAUCACCUAUACUGGAGAUGCUUGCUGUUAUCUUUGUAAGACAAACAUUAUUUACUCAUUGUUCACCUGGUGGUCUGAAAGUAAGGCAAACACAAAUGUUUCUCAUUUCAAGCAGUUCUGCUGGCAAAUAACUGAUUCAAAUACAGAAUUACUCUCCUUGUUGAGAAGUAAAUUGAGGCCAAAGUCGUGUGUGCCUCAAUACAAGGGCUCAUCUAGAAGAACUUUGUCCUGCUCAGGAAUCAGCCCAGUGGCAAAAGGCAGAACCCUCGUUCCCCUGGUGCAGCAUCUUCCCUUUGGUGAGACUUGCUGUCCUGCUAUGAGAGAUGGGAAUACCUUACUACCUGCAGUGCUUCCCCUCGUGGGUGGGGGAAACAAACAUCAGACAUCUGGUUUGGCUGAUUACAUCCUCUUCUGUUAGCAGGAAGUUAUAAAAUGAAAGGCUCUUGUCCCUAGUCUUGCAGGUUCUGUGUAGUACCUUAUGUUACAGUAAAUCACGCCGACAUCAGUGGAACUGAACUUCAUGCAGAGAUGUGCAGCAUGAGGCUUGUACUACAUGUGGUGCUAAUUAGCAGAUGGUGAGGGACAGUAACAUGUCCCCAGAGCCACAUAGCACAGAUUGCCUCAUGUGAGCAGUGCUUAUGGCUGAUCCUUCUUGGAACACACCAGCCAUAUCCACUUUUUCUGUAUCACUUGGCCCUUGGUCUUCUCCAGGUUCAUGCUGUCCACUUACUGGGCUUAUCUAGUUGUGUUUCAUUGUGGUUUCUUUUUUGAUUCAAAUUGUCUGCCAUAAGGAUAGAGCUAUUCUGCAGCUCAAUAGAGUGAUGUUUGUAUUGCAGAGUUAUGUGAAGAUGUGGACAAGUGUUUCUAGUGCAUAGAGUCGCAUAGGAUAAUGCUGGGAGACUGUGUAGCAUGAGGAAAGUUUAACCUUGCAUGGUCUUGUCUGUAGCUGCCUUUUUGGAAGGAUCCAUGGAACCAUGUCCAAAAUCAAGCUUUUCCAUGGAGAGACCUGGCUGGAGUGGUCCAAAAGAGAGCUAAGGUGGAGUCUGGUGCUUGAGCUGAAUUGUUUACCUUUUUUUAUUGAGCACUGUGGACAUAUCCAGAGUCUAAUUACAUUUUGCAGUAGUGAAUUCUUUUUAUUUUAAGUAGUUAGUUCUAACAAGAGAGUAUGAUGUAUAAUAUGCUGAGACUUCUAAAUACUCUGAGAGAACAGUGCAUUCUCCUGGCCAUAUACCUUGAUUUUAUAUUUUUAUAUCAGAACCAAGGAGAUAUGCAUGCGUAAACCAAGGGUAUAAUUGCAGUUUUAGUUCAUUUCAGCUCUGAAAUGAAUCUGUGGUAAGUUAUAUUUCAGAGCAGAGCUCCAAAACGCUGGCUGCUGCAGACUCACUGGUAUGAGACCCUGACAGAUCUAGCUGUCAGUCUCUAAGCUAGAAUUAAUUUCAUCCUGUAGCUUUUUGAAUGUGCACAAAAAUGUUAGGUAUCUCUGAAAAUUCUGAUUCUGCUCCUUCACAUGUCUUGGCAGGACAUUACUAGCUGUAGGUAUCAAAUAUCAGUAUGAGAGAAAACAAAAUCACACUUGAAACCCAUAAAUCGCUGGAUAGGACAACUGAUGGUGAGUCAUUUGUGUCUGUCCUUGGCAUUAUACCACCUUCUUAGUUUAACAAAAAUAUCUUAAUCAGGAAAUUGCUUUUUGGGUUCUUUGUUGGGUUUGCUGUUGAUAGUUGCUUUGUUUAGGUGGCUGUUGGGUCACCUUUUAGAGAAAAGUUCAAAUAGUUCUGAAUUUCCACUCUGAAAAUUUUCAUGUUUCAUUUGAAAAUGGCAAAGCUGGUUACUAUAAACUACAUUGCUUCCUGGGAAUCUUGGAAAAAGAGCUGUCUUCUGAGUUAUUCAAGCCUUUAAAAUACUUCUUCACCAUGAGGUGCCUUAAAGUAUUCCAGAGUCUAUUUCUAAUAAAUAUAAUUUUAUACAGUAAUACUGAAAAUCAUCAGUUUCAGAACUGUUGUUUAUUUGGUGUAAAAGACCAGGAACAGCCACUACUUCUGAUCUCAAGGAUUUUCUUCAGACAUUCAUUUUGGUGUAUCUUUCCUCCACCUGUCCUCAAAAGACCACUGGGAGAGUCAAAACAGUUCUCAAGGAUGGGACAUCUUGUGUUUUGCAUAUUUUAAGGGCAGAAUCCUCUUUAGUGAACUGAACCAGAGCUCAUUUGCCAGAGAGGCUGGUCUUCUGAGAUGCUCUUCACACUGCCCUUUGGAAGAGGGAGGACCUUCUUCUGACCAUUAUCAGUAAUGCUGGCUGUUGAAGUGCUGUUGACUGUUUCUUUUAACCUUCCCAAUACACAUUUAAAAUAGGAUUGCAGAAACAAUCAGAAGAGGGCAAAAGUUCCAAAUGUUACAGAAACUCCUGAAAAUGCUGCUUUUUGUGUUGUCUGACACUUUGAAAUAUCUCACUUUAAAGUUUGCCUCUUUGGAGGGGGGAGGGAGACAAAAAGUUGAAAACACUUAUCUCCUGUGAUGGUGAUGAGCAUCUGAUACUUUAGGAGAAGAAUGUGGCUUUUUGUUGUGUAUGUUUUACAUUGUGUAACAGCACACUGCUUUUUCAUCAUUUUAACUUGGGUUUCAUUUUGGUUUGGUUUUUGCAUUUGUGUAAUAAUUUGAUUUUGGUAUUGCUAUGGAAUGAUUUCUUUUGUUGAUGUCCAUGUGACAACUCCUGUCCUACAAUAAAAGGCAUUUCUCAGAAGUGUG